AUGGAGAUUAGUAAGGUUGGUUGUAUGAGUGUUGGUCCUUGCGAAAAUCUAACACCACAAAAUCUUUUGAAUGCGUUGGAGCCAGAAGAAGCUAGAGGCUCUUCCAAGAAAAUGAAUCAAGAAUUUGUAAAAGAGAAGCCACAAGGAAUGGCUGAGGACUCAUCUUCUACAUCUGAAACCAAUGUUAUGGUUUCUGAGAAUGAACUGGACUCUACACCAAUACUUUCAGUUGAUCUUUCACUGGUAAGAAUCAUGAAAGAGUCGAAUUCUAAACUUAUGGAAGAGGAGAAACAGGAACAGGAGAAAGAAACAGUUCUCAUGGCUGCGGCAAACAAGGACAAAGAUAUUGCUUCAACUGUUGUUCCCGAGGAAGAUAUCAAAACCAAGGAGGACAUCCUUGUUUCCAUUUCUAGAUCAGAGCUGAAAGACCAUAGCUUUGUAUCUAAGUUAGCAGAAGGUGAUGAAGCAGUAGAGUCUCAUGCUACUGUUUUCACAACUCCUGAACAAGUUCUAUUGCUGGGGGAUUCUGAGCUAUAUGGGGCCGAAAAGGAAGAGGAUCAUACAGCUACCAAAGUUCCUGACGAAUCUGAUGUUCUUAAUGCCACCGAGAAGAAAUGCUUCAUGUUGGGAGGCUCCAGGAAAAACGAAGCUAGAAAUGAAGGAGAAAGUACUGUUGUUAAACUUCCUGACGAGUCUAACAUUACCACUAGUCCAGUGAGACAAUUCAGUGUGGAAGACUUCAAAAGAGAUGGAAUCGAAAGGAAUGAAGAAAACAGGACUGUUAACUUCUCAUGUGAAUUUGGUACUUGCACAAGCCCUGAUAGACGCACAGUCUUGGGAAAUCUUGUAUCAGAUGGAGCCGAAGACAGUGUUGGAAUAAAUAGAGCUGAUAAGUCAGAUCUUCUUACAAGCUUGGAGAAAAAACUAUUUUAUGGAGACCAUGAACAAAAGGAAGCAGUCAAGACUGAAGAAAAAGCGGCUGCAGAGUUUCAACAUGAGUCUGCUGCUGUUCCUAAUACUCCUGAAAGACAAUCCAUUCUAGAAGACUCUCAACUGAAUGAAGCUGCAAAGAUGAAGAAAGGUGACUAUGUAAUUGGUAAGUCUCAUGUUGUGUCUGAUGAUUUCACUGCUGCGGAGAGCCAAUCUGUUGUGGGAGACUCUGAACCAGAUGGUGCUGAAAACAUAUGCAGGGAGAACACGGAUGUGGAGUCGUUUGAUAUUGGUAAGUCUGGGUUAAGCCAUAAUGCUUCCUCUUCUAAAGUUGUUUUGAAGGAAAACACCAUCAUUUGUUCAAAUGAUGCCGGGAAAGAAGCUGCAGGUACAGAGUCUCAGGCAGAGCAUGUUAUUGGUCUAGAUGCCAUACAAGGGACGAAGCAAAGCAAAAGAGAGACAGUAGAUCUUUUUGCUUUUGACAUUCAAGAGAGAGAGACAAUUCUGAGAAAAUCAGUGAAAUUUCCAGCCACCUCAAACUUUCUGGAACCUAUUCCAUGGUCUGGCAAUAACGAAGCAGACAAGCUCAUGGAAACUAAGGAAUCAAAGAACACUCAAAUAGGCUUUGAAGGAAAUCUCCUGCUGGAGUCUUCUGGUAACUCUUUUGUUUCUGAGAAGACAUGCAUCGUAGCUGGUUUUGAUUCUGAAGUAGAUGAUAUAAACACAUGUGAGAAAAGCGUUCGCAAAUCUCUCGAAAAUGAAGCAACUGGUCCACUUGCUACUGCCUUUGGAGAAGCCAUCUCUCUGACUCCUGAUGAAUCCACAGUUCAGAAUAACACUAACGAAGAAGCUGCAGAUGAGCAAGUGAUUAGGAGAGAAACUACACCAAGUCCUGAAGAAACCAUGAAUGAGUAUCCGAACACUGAUGAAUCAGGUACGUUAUCUGAGAAGCAAGUAAGAAGAGAACCACUCUUGAUUUACCAAACACAAGUGAAGCCUAAUAGAAAUGACAUGAAAGAGAAUGCACCAAACUCAAAGAUUGUGCAUAAUCUCAACAUAACAGCUCCAAGGAUCUCAAAGAGAAAGCCGCUCCAAGACUUGAAAAAGAACUAA